GCCAGCGCUCGGGUCCGCCUCUGACUGCGGCGCGGCGGGGCGAUGUAUGAUUACCAUGGCGAGGAGUCUCUGUCCGGGGGCCUGGCUAAGGAAACCCUAUUACCUCCAGGCUCGCUUCUCAUAUGUGCGGAUGAAAUACCUUUUCUUUUCCUGGUUGGCGGUUUUUGUUGGAAGCUGGAUUAUUUAUGUGCAGUACUCUACCUAUACAGAACUGUGCAGAGGAAAGGACUGUAAGAAGAUAAUAUGUGACAAGUACAAGACUGGAGUUAUUGAUGGGCCUGCAUGUAAUAGCCUUUGUGUUACAGAAUCUCUUUACUUUGGAAAAUGCUUAUCUACCAAGCCCAACAAUCAGAUGUAUUUAGGGAUUUGGGAUAAUCUACCAGGGGUUGUGAAAUGUCAAAUGGAACAAGCACUUCAUCCUGAUUUUGGAACUGAAUUGGAACCAAGAAAAGAAAUAGUGUUAUUUGAUAAACCAACUAGGGGAACUACUGUACAGAAAUUCAAAGAAAUGGUCUACAGUCUCUUUAAAGCAAAAUUGGGUGACCAAGGAAACCUCUCUGAACUGGUUAAUCUCAUCUUGACGGUGGCUGAUGGAGACAAAGAUGGCCAAGUUUCCCUGGGAGAAGCCAAGUCAGCAUGGGCACUUCUUCAAUUAAAUGAAUUUCUUCUCAUGGUGAUACUUCAAGAUAAAGAGCAUACCCCCAAAUUAAUGGGAUUCUGUGGUGAUCUCUAUGUAAUGGAAAGUAUUGAAUAUACCUCUCUUUAUGGAAUAAGCCUCCCAUGGGUCAUUGAACUAUUUAUUCCAUCUGGGUUCAGAAGAAGCAUGGAUCAGUUGUUCACACCAUCAUGGCCCAGAAAGGCUAAAAUAGCCAUAGGACUUCUAGAAUUCGUGGAAGAUGUUUUCCAUGGCCCCUAUGGAAACUUCCUCAUGUGUGAUACUAGUGCCAAAAACCUAGGAUAUAAUGAUAAGUAUGAUUUGAAAAUGGUGGACAUGAGAAAAAUUGUGCCAGAGACAAACCUGAAAGAACUUAUAAAGGAUCGUCACUGUGAGUCUGAUUUGGACUGUGUCUACGGCACGGAUUGUCGAACUAGCUGUGAUCAGAGUACAAUGAAGUGUACUUCAGAAGUGAUACAACCAAACUUGGCAAAAGCCUGUCAGUUACUCAAAGACUACCUAUUGCUUGGUGCUCCAAGUGAAAUUCGUGAAGAAUUAGAAAAGCAACUUUAUUCUUGUAUUGCUCUCAAAGUCACAGCAAAUCAAAUGGAAAUGGAACAUUCUUUGAUACUAAAUAACCUAAAAACCUUACUGUGGAAGAAAAUUUCUUACACAAAUGACUCUUAGUUCACUUGGACAUUGUGACCAUUGUGGGAAACUUAUCACUUAGACAAGUUUGAGCAUUCUUUAAAAAAAUGGCUUCUAAUUAAAAUCCCUGCCAGUUACACAAAACUCCUUUCCCAUUCCUAAGAAGUCAUCAUCUCAAAAUAUGUCUGUUGCUGAAUGGCAGGAGGUAUAGGAUCAGUAGGUCCAAAAAAAUUUUCAUUCUUGCUCUUUCAGAAGCCCUCCAGUUCCCAAUACAUUCACUGUGUAACUAUUCUGACUGACUUAAAAUA